CUGUCUCUUCAGGGGUCUGCAGAAUCCUAUACCAGUCGCCCAUCAGACUCAGAUGUGUCCCUUGAAGAAGACAGAGAAGCCCUGCGAAAGGAAGCAGAACGGCAUGCCCUUGCACAGCUGGAGAAAGCAAAGACCAAGCCUGUGGCUUUUGCUGUGCGGACGAAUGUGGGAUACAUCCCAGCUGCUGGGGAUGACGCUCCUGUACAGGGAAUGUCCAUCAACUUCGAUCCCAAAGAUUUUCUUCACAUCAAGGAGAAAUAUAACAAUGACUGGUGGAUUGGCCGAGCGGUUCGGGAGGGUUGUGAGGUGGGAUUCAUCCCAAGCCCCGUGAAGCUGGAACACAUGCGAAUGUUGCAGGAACAGAAGAUGCGACAGAGCCGGCUUAGUACCAGUAAAUCCAUUGGAAACUCCAGUAGUUUAGGUGAUGUAGUCAGUGGUACACGGAGACCAACCCCACCAGCUACAGGUCCCUUGGAAUCCCCCUUAGCUUAUGAUAUAGAUGCUGAUUUAGAAUUUGAUGAAACAGAUCCUCAGGGCGCUCAGCACACCCCACACAACAGUACGGGGAGUGUAACAACCCCCCCAGCUAGUACCAAACGUGUCCCUUUCUUUAAAAAGACAGAGCACAUCCCUCCCUAUGAUGUGGUUCCUUCAAUGAGGCCAAUCAUUCUAGUCGGGCCCUCGCUGAAAGGUUAUGAGGUCACGGACAUGAUGCAGAAAGCCCUCUUUGACUUCUUGAAGCAUCGCUUUGAUGGAAGAAUCUCCAUCACCCGGGUCACUGCUGACAUCUCUCUUGCCAAACGUUCUGUCCUGAACAAUCCAAGCAAGCACAAUAUCAUGGAGAGGUCUAACACGCGUUCCAGCUUAGCGGAAGUACAGAGUGAGAUCGAGCGUAUCUUUGAGUUGGCUCGAACCCUUCAACUGGUUGCUCUUGAUGCUGAUACCAUUAACCACCCAGCUCAGCUUGCCAAGACGUCACUGGCGCCCAUCAUUGUCUACAUCAAGAUCACUUCUCCUAAAGUAUUACAUAGGCUGGUAAAAUCAAGAGGGAAGUCGCAAGCGAAGCAUUUGAACGUACAGAUGGUGGCAGCAGAUAAACUGGCUCAAUGUCCUCCGGAAAUGUUUGAUAUCAUCCUGGAUGAGAACCAACUGGAGGAUGCCUGCGAACACCUGGCAGAAUAUUUAGAAGCCUACUGGAAGGCCACGCACCCACCAAGCAUCAACCCACCCAACCCACUACUGAACCGCACCCUUGCCACCGCAGCACUAGCUUCCAGCCCAGCCCCUGUCUCCAAUCUACAGGGCCCAUACUUGGUCCAUGGGGAGCUGAGAUCAGAAGGAUCUGACCGGACAAGUAUGUACGAAGGACAACUGCGCAGAGGCCAGUUGGGCUCCAGAGUCCUGUCCCGGCACGACACUCUGGAGUCGGAGACACAGGGCAGCCGGGAUUCAGCAUACACGGAACCAGGAGACUCCUGCAUGGACAUUGAGACUGAUCCUUAUGAGGACCCAGAGCCCAAAAGCCACGGGGGUAAUUAUCAAGGUGGCGAACAUGGGCAUCUGCAACGUCAAGCCUCCUGGGAGGAGCUGGGUCCAGAUCAGGAGAACCUGCAGCAAAGGAGAAGAAGGGAGUCUCCUAGACCACAAGGAAAAAGCAGAGAGCAGUACUGGCAUGAAGGCGAAGGCCGGAACAGGGUUCAACUGGACAGUUGGGGGAGAGACGUGUGCAUCCGUUAA